GAUCAUAUUAAGUAGCGGACUGUCGCGUGCCCGACGUGUUCUCUGCCAGUAGUUGAACCAUGUCGAGCCCCCUUGUGACGACAGUAUAUGCAGCAAUAUCGAGAACAACCGGUGAAGUCGUUCAGAAGUUGAGACCUCACUCACGCAUUCAUAUCCAACCUCGGGGCUGUUGCUGUUGUAACACGAUCACGAUCGACCGGCAGUUGCAACGAGGACGCAGUUGCAGGCUCUCAUCAAACGGGCGCGGCCAGAUCGUUGCACGAAACAUAAGAGAUGUUCGAAGUAGAUAUAUUCGGCCGCUUGCCUCCUGAGCUUCGGUUCAUGAUAUAUGGCUACGUGUUCCAGGAUGCCGUGGCAGAAGUUCUGAGUCCUACUGAAGGAGAGUCCACAAUGUCGUUCAAGUUGUCGAGCCAUUGGUCAAUAAUGGCGACGUGUAGACUGUGCUACUCGGAAGGUCGCGAGCUGUACUGGCAAAAGCUCCGCCUCCAUGCGAGCCGUGGCCAGCGGCCUGGGUGCGAGCUCUCUGACUUGCUGGAGCGGAUGCCUCGCCAUGCAAAACCCAGGCUUCGUCAUCUGCGCAAUCUCUGGAUCAGUCAGAGACCGAGCAAUGAGACCAGAGCCGACCAAAGUGCCGCGGACUUGCUCGGGCAGCUACCGAGACUCGAGACAUGCGGACUGUGCGUGGUGCCUGUUGAGAGACCAAGGGAGAUCAUAAUCGAGCUCGAUAGCCCCAAGUUCCCUGCGAAUAUGACACAGGAAGGGUGUCUAAGCUCAGAAUUUCCAGCCUGGGUUGAUGCGUUCGUUGCGGGCAAAGAAGAGCCUGUUUCGUCCACGAAGGUGAAAUUCCUGCUCAAAUUUGGUGGCCCCCCGCUUUGUCGCCAUCUCCCAGAUUCGUGGGACUUCCGCAGUGCCUAUCAUCCAAUUCAGGCCGCGUACAUCAAUUUGUCUACAAGGAGAUAUUUUGCAGUGUCGUGGCUGCAUGAUUCGAAGUUGGAUGACGAAUACGGCUUCAGGCAGGUUCUGGUCCCGCCAUGAUGAACGAGAAACUCUUCAGAAUGUCUACCUACCUUAGCCGAAAACGCCAACACAAGUCGCUUAGACC